GACACGGGGCUGUAUUACCAUCGCUACCUGCAGGAGGUGAUCAACGUGCUGGAGACGGACAGUCACUUCCGGGAGAAGCUGCAGGCGGCUAAUGCCGAAGACAUCAAGAGCGGGAAGUUGAGCAAGGAGCUGGACUUCGUAAGCCAUCACGUCCGCACCAAGCUGGACGAGCUGAAGCGCCAGGAGGUCUCCCGGCUCCGCAUGCUGCUCAAGGCCAAGAUGGACGCCACCAUGGAGCAAAACGUGCAGAUCGAUCACCUGGGGUUGCUGAAGCAGUUCGAGCACCUGGACCCCCAGAACCAGCACACCUUUGAGGCCCGCGACCUGGAGCUGCUCAUACAGGCGGCCACCAAGGACCUGGAGAACUACGACGCGGCCCAUCACGAGGAGUUCAAACGAUACGAGAUGCUGAAGGAGCACGAACGGCGCGAAUACCUCAAGUCCCUGGAUGAGGAGAAGCGGCGGGCGGAGGAGGCCCGGUUCCAGGAGCUGCGCCAGAAGCACAAGGAGCACCCCAAAAUCAACGUCCCGGGCAGCCGAGAUCAGCUCAAGGAAGUCUGGGAGGAGACAGACGGGCUGGACCCCAGCGAGUUCAAUCCCAAAACCUUCUUCAAACUGCACGACACGAACAGCGACGGGGUUCUCGACGAACAAGAGUUGGAAGCACUUUUCACCAAGGAGCUGGAGAAGGUCUACGACCCCCGGAACGAGGAGGACGACAUGCUGGAGAUGGAGGAGGAGCGGCUGCGUAUGCGGGAGCACGUCAUGAAGAACGUGGACUUGAACCAGGACCGGCUGGUGACGCUGGAGGAAUUCCUGAAGUCCACCGAGAAGAAGGAGUUUAACGAGGCCGGAGGCUGGGAGACGGUGGACGAGACCCAGGUGUACUCGGAGGCGGAACUGCAGCGGUUCGAGGCGGAGCUAGCGGCCCAGGAGGCGGAGCUUGGCCGGCGGGCGGAGCAACUGAAGCGCCAGCACCAGGACCUGCAGGAGCAGCAGGUCCGGCUGGACGCCCAGAAGAAGGAGUAUCAGCAGGCCGUGCUGCAUAUGGAACAGAGGAAAACCCAGCAGGGGGAGGCACCGGCGGAGGAGCUGAAAUUCCAGGCCCAGGCCCCGCACGCCGCCCCAGCGGAUCCGGCUGCGCCGGCAGCCCCAGCCCAUGCCCCUGAACAGAACCACGUGGAACCUCCCCAGAACCAGCAGCAGACGCCGCCACAGCCCGAAGUCCAGAUCCAGUGAAACCCUGUGUGAGCUGGACAUCUGGGGGGGGGGCUCGUAUUGGCCCCGCCCCUCCCCCUCUUGGGCCCUGCCCCUCUUCCUUCCCCCCUGGUGCAGGGCUGGGGUCCUAGUAUAGCAUCCAGGCCAGGGGCUGGGCUGGGCUGUCUGCAGUCCCUUUUUUGGCCACUGGGGGGUGACAUUGAAUCUUGUCUGUUUUCGGAGCGGGGCAUUGGUUGGAGCUGGGGGCUUCCUGCCCCACUUCCUGCCCCCUAGUGCUGCAUUGUGUUUCCCAGCUUCCCCCACUUGCCCGUGGAGGGUGGUGAGGGGCUGAUGCAGUGCAUGCUGGGUAGGCCCAGCUCAGUCUUUUCCCUUCCCCAUCCCACACACUAGCAGGUAUUCUGGAGGUGGAGUUGCAGUGCAGGAUGGGUAAACCCCCCCCCCCCCCCCGAAUCCCCAUCAUAGAAAGCUGCCUUGCUAUUGGGUAGUGCAUUAUGGGUAACCCAGCCCCCCAUCAUGGAAAUAGAUUGUGCUAUUAGCGCUGUGUCCCCCCUGCCCCACCCCACCACACACACACAUGCCAAAAAGCCUCCUGCUUUUAGGGGGUGGGUCCUGGGUACUCCCCCCAGAACCCAUCUCCCCGUGUUCCUGGAUGGGGAGUUCGAAGGGGGAAGCACUUGAGGUUUGGCGAAGGGGUGUGUGUCUGUCUUGAUUUGGGGUGGCAGGGAGCCCCCCCCAAAAAAAUUCUCUCAGCUCCCACGUCUUUCCAUAUUGCUCGUGGGCCCCACUGCCCCCUCCACCCCCAUCUUUGCUCCAUCUCCCCACCCUGUGCUGCUCGAGGCGAUGAAAUAGAUGAACCACCAUCGUCCUGAGCCCCUGGGUUUAUAGCACAGGGGGACAGACACACACACACACCCUUAAAAUCCUUCAUCCCCUGGCCACCUUCCCAAGCUGUGAGUGGGGUUCACUUGACGACUCCCCCCUCCAAAUUCUAGCUGCAGUCUUAACGUCAGUAGAAACAGGUUCAUUAAAUGUGGGAGGGUGGAGCUUCCCCUGAGCGGGGCGGACCCAACCAGACCAGGGGCAGGGUGUGCGCAGACCCAUGUUAGGAAUUAUGGGAUGUGGCACCAGACUGUUCGAAUCAUGGGCAUUUUGGGGGAGAUGGGAUGGGACCAAGACCUGGCAGGAGUUUGGGAGUGAUCUGGUGGUGGUGGUGGGGUGGGGAAUAGACCCCAUGACACCCCUAGCAGCGCUUCCCAGCUGCUGUGGAAUGAAACUGACCAGGCCCCUGGUGUCUCCCCAACUCUCCCCUCCAACUCAUACCAGCUUUAGGGGUGCUCUGCUGUCCCCCCCAAAUCCGCAGUCUCUGCCCUGCAGCACGGGGAGCAGUUGUGUGUGUCUUUCUGCCUCACUGUUUUCCCCACAUAAAGGGAUAAUUUAAGACACAAACUGGUCUCAUUUUUGGGCUGGCGUGGGGGGCUGCUUUUAGCCGGCAUCGGGUCCGACUGAGACUGGGAUCUUCUGUCCUGGGCUCCAAAGGAUGUCAAAGAAGCUGAGAAAGUGAUGGGGGGGAAAGGCCGGUCCCCAGGUGCAGUUUUUUAAUUGGUUUGCUGAUCGAAGGGAGGGGUUGGAGCCUGUGUGGGACUAUUUUCUAAAUCCUGCCCUACAAUUCCUACCUUGUUUCUUGCAUUUUUAUCCCACUGCCCCCUGCAAAUCCCGUGAGAGAUUCUCCCAUGCUAUGAAAAAAAAAAAUGUUUUUCACACAAUGCACACAGUCAACCUGUGGAACUCCUUGCCCCAGGAUGUUGUGAAGACCAAGACUAUAGCAGUGUUCAAAAAAGAACCAGAUAAAUUCAUGGAGGACAGGCCCAGCAAUCGCCAUUAACCAGGAGGAACAGGGAUGGUGGCCCUGACCUCUGUUUGCCCGAGGCUGGGAAUGGGCCACAGGGGACAGAUAACUUGAUGGUUACUUGUUCUGUUCACUCCCUCUGGGGCACCCAGGAUUGGCCACUGUCAGAGGACAGGGCACUGGGCUGGGUGGACCUUUGGUCUGACCCGUUCUUAUCAGUGAAUAUAUUAUGUUUAUCAAUGGAAUUGAGAUGCAAUUUUUUACCCCUAGAAAUAAAACCAAUCUUGCUUAAAA